AUGAAAUAUUGCCUUGUUCCCUUGCGGUCACCAGUGGACUCCAGAGCUGCAUUUGGCAUUUCAUACUUGAAGGAAUCACACAGUGCUAUUGGGUCUGAUUUAAAAUGCUUAGAGAUAGCCCCAGCAAACCACGACCGCACAGUCUUGAUCUGGAAUGCUGACCAAUUCACCCAGCGGGAGCACAAGAGUGUUCGAGGCAACAUUGAGUUUGACUAUGCUACCCAUAUCCGCUGGUUGCCCAAUAGCAAGGGCUUCACAAUAUUCAAGAAAAUGGAAAAUACCAUUGCCAUCUACAAGGUAUCCAAGACAUCCUCUGGAAUGAUUGGAAAUGCGCAGGAGUUCUCAAACUUUCCAAAGCAAGAGGAUGAAGUAGCAGAUAUAAUCACCUUUGAUGUUGCAGUUACUGGGAAUAUUAUAAUGACAUGCAACAGCAAGAACCAGAUUGUAAUAUGGAACUUUAAGGGUGAAGUGCUGGAGCAGUUUGACACACGCCAUGGGGAUACGUACUCUGCAACACUCUCACCAUGCGGACGCUUCAUUGCUACGACAGGCUUUACUCCGGACGCGAAGGUAUGGAGAUUGAAGUUCGGGGCGUCAGAAUCAUUUGAAGGAGUGAAGCGAGCCUAUGACCUCACUGGUCACAAAGCCAGUAUCUAUAGUUGUAGCAUGAACGCUGACUGUACACGCAUGGUGACAGUCUCUAAGGAUGGCACCUGGAAACUGUUUGAUACUGAUAUUGAGUUUGAAAAGGGCCAACGGCCAUAUCAACUGCUCACUAUACCAUAUGAUAGCAUGGACCAAAAAGUCAUGAUUCGCAUGUCUCCAGAUGGCCGCACUGUACUGCUAGCAGCGCAAGCUAAUUUGACUUUUUACUCAGCAAUCACUGGAGAGAAGCUGAAUGUCAUUAAUGACAUAUAUGGUGAUUUGAUAUUUUAUACCCCCAAACAUCACAGUUCCUUCAAAAUUCUCUAG